AUGGCGGAGGAAAAACUUUGUGCAAAAUGUAAAAAAAUUGAAUCUGCUGCAAAGUGUUAUGGUUGUCAACAAUCAUAUUGUAUUCCACAUUUUUUAAAACAUCGAUUAUAUCUUGCUCAAAAAAUGGAUGCUCUUCAAGAUGAACAUGAAAAUUUACAAAAAGAAGUUGAUGAAAAUAAUUAUGAACAAUCAUUUCUAUCGAGUAUUGAUACUUGGGAACGAAGAGCAAUAAGAAAAAUUCAUGAUAUUGCUGAAAAAGCUCGAAAUGACAUUCAAGAAUUUAUAGAAAAAAGAAAAGAUCAAAUUAAAAUUUCAUUGAAUAAUCUAUGUUCAAAUUUUAACACAACUGGAAAAUCAGACAAUUAUACAGAAAUUGAAAUUGAUAAAUGGACUAAACAAUUAUCUGAACUUCGACAUUCACUCGAAAAUCCAACGAAUAUUUCUAUUGUAGAAGAUAGAAAAACUUCUUCAACUAUUCGUGGAAUUAAAGUUAUCGAACAACAAGAACAAGAACAAUUACUAUGUUCAAAUCUUAUAUCACAAACAAAUAAUCAGAAAUCAGAAGUAUUAAUCGAACCUAUUCAAGAACACUUUGUACCAAUGUAUGGACCAUGUACAUUAUCUGAAGAUAAAUGUCUCGUUAAACAUUCAAGUUAUCGUGCUGGAUUAUCACAAAUCAGUGGUUUUAAUAAUUAUUCAUCAGGAAAACAUUCUAUUGUAUUUUUAAUUGAAAACAAAGGACCAAAAAAUAUUUUUAUUGGUAUACAUUCUACAUCGAAAGAAGUUUCUUCUUCAACAUAUGAUCGUUCAAUUUAUGGAUGGUGGAAUCUUGAUUAUGUUAUUAUGAACGGUGAUAAUGUAGAUGGUAAUAAUAGUAAAGAAAUAAUUCAAACAGGUGAUAAAAUAACAUUAAUUAUAGAUUGUGAUAAUCAACAAAUACUAUUUGAACAUCAUCGAAUUAAAAAACUUGUUCACUUACCCGUAGUAAUUAGUGAUUGUCCAUUUCCUUGGCAAAUACUUAUUAGAUUGGUUAAUUCAGGACCCGUAUUAAUUCGUGGUUUAACUGAAAUAGUUGAACGUCGUCCAAAUGAUCCUAUUGAAUAUUUAGCCACAUUUCUCUAUAAACAAGUUCAAAAUACACGAGCACAAAAAAAAAAAGAAGAAGAAGCAAAACAAUUAGAACUUGAACGACAACAAGCUGAAGAAGAAAAACAACAUCGUGCUCAACUUAAAAAUGAAAUUCGAGCUUUACGUGAACAAGAAGAAAAUGAACGAAAACAACGUGAAGCCGAAGAAAAACGUAAACGAGAUGCAGAAGAAUUAGCUAGACGACAUAAGGAAUUAGCAGCUGCACCACCACCAUUACCUGCUGUACGUGAAGAAGAUGAUGUAUUUGUUGUUGAAUUUGGUGAAACAGAACUUCAUCGACAAGCUGCUGUUCAAAAUGCUAAUCUUUCGGAAUUACUUCGUGAUAAUUAUCAUUCAAUUGCAUCACGUAAUGCUGAAGGAAAAACACCAAGAGAUGUUGCUCUUGAUGCUGGUCUUCAAGAAAAUGUUGAUCAAAUUGAUACUUUUUGUGUUCAAUUACUUCAAAAUGGAAAUACAAAAGCAAUUAAUGAUUUACUUUUAUGUGGUUAUACAGAAAUAAUAAAUCAAUUAAAAACAAUUGAAGAUACUGACGAAGACACAAAUGAUUUCAUUAAUAAUGAAAUUCCUCAAUUAUUAGGAAAAAUCAAACAGUUAAAUCAAGCAAUCAAAGAUGGAGAUAUAGAAACAGUUGAUACAAUGAUAUCUGAUCGUAAAAAUUUUGCACUUUAUCGAGAUUCUGAAGGUUCAUCAUCAUUACAUGAUGCUAUUGAAAAUCGUCAAUAUAAUAUAGCAUUAAGUCUGUUACAAAAAUAUCCAUCAUUAGCACUUGUUAAAGAUAUUCGUGAUCGAGCAAGUCUUGAUUUACUUAAUUCAAUUGAUGAAGAUACUAUAACAGAUGAACAACGUGAUGCAUAUGAUCAACUGAAAGAAGCAUUAAUAUCAACGUCAGCAGGUCAACAAAAUGAUUAA